GAGACACAAGAAUAUGCAAAGCUAAACCCCGCCACCGAAAACCUUAAACCUUAACCUAAACUGCUUGCUUCUCUUUCUCUAUCUAUUCCCCGCCGAUACUCUCAGUUUUAGAGCGCAUUCUCUUAGAGAGAGAGAGAGAGAGAGUCUCGGUGAAGUAAAAGGCCCGAGCUUUAUAGUUCUUUGGUUUGAUUUUGAUUAUUCAAUGGCUUUAUAUCUUCUAUAUGAGUCUGCUUCUGGGUACGCGCUGUUCCUCGCGCAUGGCCUCGACGAGAUCGGGCAGAACACAGAGGCGGUCCGGAAUUCCGUGUCAGACCUGAACCGUUUUGGGAAGGUCGUACAGCUCACUGCUUUUCACCCUUUCGAGUCCGCCCUCGACGCCCUCAACCAGUGUAACGCCGUCUCCGAAGGAAUAAUGACUGAUGAGUUGAGAAGCUUCUUGGAGCUUAAUCUCCCGAAAGUCAAGGAAGGUAAGAAGACAAAGUUCAGAUUAGGAAUAACGGAUACCAAGAUAGGGUCACAUAUACAUGAGGCGACUAAAAUACCUUGUGAAAGUGGUGACUUUAUUCACGAACUUCUACGUGGUGUGCGGCUACAUUUCGAUAGGUUUUUGAAGGACUUAAAGCCUGGAGACUUGGAAAAAGCCCAACUUGGUCUGGGUCACAGUUACAGCCGCGCAAAAGUCAAGUUCAAUGUAAACCAUGUUGACAAUAUGGUGAUUCAAGCUAUCUUCCUUCUCGAUACUCUUGAUAAGGACAUCAAUUCUUUCUCCAUGAGGGUCAGAGAGUGGUACUCAUGGCAUUUUCCCGAAUUGGUAAAGAUUGUCAGUGACAACUAUCUAUAUGCCAAAGUUGCAAAAUAUAUAGAGGAUAAGUCAAAGUUGUCUGAUGACAGCAUCCCAGGCUUAACAGAUGUAGUUGGAGAUGAAGAUCGGGCAAAGGAAAUUGUUGAUGCUGCCAAGGCUUCUAUGGGACAGGAUUUGUCCCCAGUUGACUUGAUUAACGUCCACCAAUUUGCACAGAGGGUAAUGGACCUAUCUGAUUAUCGGAGGAAGCUUUAUGAUUAUCUGGUUGCGAAGAUGAGUGACAUUGCACCUAAUUUGGCGUCUUUAAUUGGUGAAGUUGUUGGUGCGCGCUUGAUUUCUCAUGCUGGUAGUCUUACAAAUUUGGCUAAGUGCCCUUCUUCCACCCUUCAGAUCCUUGGGGCAGAGAAGGCACUUUUCAGGGCAUUGAAAACUAGAGGAAACACACCCAAGUAUGGUCUGAUAUUCCAUUCAUCUUUCAUUGGUCGAGCAUCAGCAAAUAACAAAGGAAGAAUGGCUCGUUUUCUUGCGAACAAGUGUUCUAUUGCAUCACGCAUCGACUGCUUUGCAGACAGUGGAACUACUGUUUUUGGGGAGAAACUUCGUGCACAAGUUGAGGAGCGGCUUGAUUUUUAUGACAAGGGUGUUGCGCCUCGCAAAAAUAUUGAUGUGAUGAAAGAUGCAAUUGAAAAUGCUCAAAACAAAGGUGCAGAGAUGGAAAUUGAAGAAGUUCCUACAGAAGCAUCAGGAAAGAAGAGUAAGAAAAAGAAAUCAAAAGCUGCAGCUGCAGAGAAUGGUGAGCCUAUGGCCGAAGAUAACCCAACUGCUGUUUCAAAUGACGAAGCUUUGGAGGAUUCUAAAUCAGAAAAAAAGAAGAAAAAGGAGAAGCGCAGGAUGGAUCAGGAGCUGGAGCAACAGGAGGGCCAAAACGCCCUGCAAAAUGGAACAGAUAAAAAGAAGAAAAAGAAGAGCAAGAAUGAAGAUGGAGGGGAGCUGCAGUCCGCCGAUGAUGGUAAAAGGAAAAAGAAGAAGUCAAGAAGCGAAGAUGCUGACUGAACUUUAAAAGCUUUGCAAAUGUUGCACUUUGUCUUAACCCAAUUUUGUGUGAGACCACUCUUUUAUGUGUAUUUUUACCCUUAAAUUCAAGUUUGUUUACUUUGGGACACCACUCUUUUUAACACUGCAGUUCUCCUACAUCGUAUAUAUGAAUGAAUCUUUGGUUGGCGGUC